AUGGCUAAAGUUAACAGGAAACCAGAGAAAUCUAAAACAGUUAUGGAACAACCAACUUCAAGCACAAAACAAUUAAGUUCAAGAGUAAAAGGGAGGAAGAAGAAGAAUCCCUGCCAACCCAGGUACAGAAGCGGAGGCAAGGUAAAGAAGCUACUGAGGGACAUUAAAAAGGUACUUCAUGGGAGUUCAAGAAAAAAAUCCUCUUGUACUAGUACAACAAUUCCGAAAAAGGUGAAGAGAGUGAAAAGGUCCAAGAAGUUUCGUCCACUAGCAAAGAUUGAAUAG